AUGUCGCGAUCAUUUUUAAUGGAUUCUUUACUCAGCGAUGUUCCAUUGACACAAAAGGAUACAUUGGGUUCACCGACUGCCACGCAGCCCCUGAUAUCUGGUCCAUCAACGCCACCAGCAAUGGGAGCGGCAGCUGCCGCGGCGGCUGCGGCUGCAGCAGCCAUAUUGCCAAACAUGCCGAUGUUCCCGUAUCCGGCGAGCUAUGUGGGCAGCUAUCUUUUUUCCCUGGGCAUUCAGCAGCAGCAACAACAACAACAGCACCACCAUAAGCAGCAACAAGUAGCAGCUGCGGCAGCAGUUGCAGCGGCAGCAUCAUUCCAUCACCAAUCCAACUCCCCGACGACGCCAACGCACUCGCCUCUUAUGCAUCCCUACACCGCGGCGAUGUUGUCCCACAAACGAAAAUCACCCGGCUAUGAAAGCUAUUCUACUCCAACAACACUACCAUAUAACAACCUUACAUUACCACUCACUGAUGCUUUCUGUAUAUCACCGUCUGCCUCAUCCACGGGAUCCACUCCAGAACUUGGUGCCUAUGGUGAAGAAGCGCCGUCGGCAAAACGCUUCAAACAAGAUUCCACUUCCUGUUCGCCAGCCAGUUCGCCUCAUAAAAUCUGCAUUCCCGCAAGCAUUUCGAGUCGCUGCCCGACCAACCAUUGUUCCGUUUCCACAACCUCCAACUUAUCUUAUUCUUCCUCCACCACAUCUACCGUCGUGUCGUGCGGUCGUAGCUUGCCUCUUGACAUUACACCUGUCAUUGCGGACUACGCGGACUCGAGCAAACGCAUUCGUACGGCCUUUACCAGCACCCAACUACUCGAGCUGGAGCGUGAAUUCUCGCUGAACGCGUAUCUGUCACGCCUGCGACGCAUUGAAAUUGCUAACAGGUUGCGUCUUUCGGAAAAGCAAGUGAAAAUUUGGUUUCAGAAUCGCCGCGUGAAGCAGAAGAAAGGAUCGGAGAGUCCUACCUUUAAUUUUACCGCCGGUGGUAUGAGUCCGUCAUCGUCAUCAGGGGAUAAGCAGUCACAAAGCCCAUCGGCUUCACCAGUCCGUACUGGCCAGCGGUGUUGCUGUGCAAAAAAUGUGAAAGUCGAGCUUAAACUGCGUGACGAAUCUUCCACACAUUGCAGCAGUCAAUCGUGUGGAAUAGUUGAAAUGUAA